AUGUUCGGAAAGGGAGCUGCCCCAGGCUGUGAUUGGAGGAAGCGGUGCCACGUGCACCCUCCCCUACUACCAACUGCUGGGAUCUUGACUUGAAACAUUUAGCAAGUUACAUUGUAUAAUAAUAAUAAUCUUGCAGUCCAGCGCUGAAAGGUAAUGUAUGUUUCUUGUGCUACUUUGUUGCAGGUAUUGAUAGUGUUUUUGUUGCCAGCUAUCUCUCAUUUCUGGACGUGCUUGUUGGACAAAGCUGCUAGCAUGCUUCGCAAAAUGCGGGUAACAUGACAGGCAAGUUUCAUCAGUCCGAAUGAUAGCUUUACGGUGAAUCCAAUAAUGUCCCACAAUAUGAUGGUCCAAUGCAUAAUGAGGAGUGCAGCUGUUCUAGACAUGCAGAGGCACUUGGCACAGGAUGGAUGUGAACAAUUAGUCUAGCUUCUCGACAGUCUUGCAAAAUUGCUUUGAAUGUAGCAAACUAGCUACUUGUUUACUGCUGGCUGCAGUUGUAGUUAAUUGUCUUUACUUCCUUUUUUAGGUUACUAGUUUUCUCUCAUGGUUUAACUGCACAGACUCGGGGAAAAUCUCAUUUAUCUUAGCUUCCUCUCAUCUCCUUUCCUUUAUUUGCACCGGUUCUGAAGAACAGGUUUCACUUGCCUGGCAACCCAACCACAUUGCUCCCAUAGACAUUAAAACCAGUAGCUAGUGAUAGCGCUGACGACAUCCACGUAAUCCUAUGGACAUCUCCCGAUGGCUCAUGAAGCCGGAAGUAUUUGAAUUUGAAGCAUGCCGCGUUCAAAAAUCUUCAGUGCGUUAAAGACAACGGGGAACUCUGAAAUAAACGAGCUCCGACUGGGAAAAAUCGGUUUGAACGGUCAUCCAAUUCGGAUUUCCUAGUCGGCAACUCGGCCACUUUCCGACCUUAAGAUCAGACGUCAUGAUUUGAUCUCGUUUUUCCCCGAGUUCCCAGUUGUCUUAAACGCAUUGAAGUCGAACAUCAGAGAUGUAACUGUCUCACAUCUCGGAAAAUAUUUGUAAUGUUGUGUUUUUUAGCUAUCGACCAAUUCUCCCAUUCACUCCUUGAAGGAGCACUCUCCCUUUGCGCGGGGCCAUUGACGAAGCAUGGGCAAUUUACACAAUGGGGGUUAAUAAGAUUCCAAUGGAGUUUCCUAUCUCCUCAAAAGUAUAUCUGGCUGGAAUGGCACCAGCAAAGGAUAACUAGGAAAGGAUUAUGGUCGACAGUCGCUUUCAUCCUGCCUGAGAGUCAACCAGAGCCUCUUCUAGACUGCAGGCCAGUGGUUGUGAUCGAACGUGAUCAUAAUAAACACAUUUUUGAGGCCAAAACGUCCAUCCCCAAAAAUGUUGUUUGGUUGUUCUGUGGAUCGUAAAUUACAUAGGCUUUCUAGGGCAGAUCAGGGCGUUUGGACCGCUAGGUUGCUACACAGUAGCCGAGCUGUAGACCUCUUGACUUCACCCUCCAGACCGGACACUGGGGGCCUGAUUGCUCCAGCCACGCCCAUGAACGUUUAUUUUCCGCGAUCAUAGAGCAGCGGAAGAAUCAGAUCAGUGUAGAUGGAGAGGGGCCACUGUAGAGUAUUGAGAUGCAGCCAUAGAUGGACGUCCAGUCUAACUAGCCUGCCCUGUGGAAAAUAAAUACCUGCGGUUGAUAUUAUCCUUACUUUAUUCUCAACCUCAUCACACGCUUUCAGGCUUUUCAACUCUCUGACCCCCUUGUUAUUCAUUCACAUCUUCCUCCCAGUCCCCUCUCUCCCUCGGCCCUUACUCUCGAUCUCGCUUCACACCAUUCAUACCAAACGUUUGUUCAUUAAUUCAUGUUUAUUCAUCCAUUCAGACUUGGUCAGUGAUAUGUCACUGUACUGAGAUGCUGUGCUUGGUCUGUGUUCAUUCCUGCUCAUUGUGCAGCUGCAGCAGAGAGUGUACAUGACCCUGCUGUUCAAACAAACAACUCUGAACAGCUCUGGUUCCAGCCUGCUUCUUGCCUGGCUGUCCUGGGCCUGGGUGCAUCUCAAUAUUCUCUAGAAUGGCCUCCUCUCCUUCUCGCCUCGUUUCCUUGCAUGCACUGCUCUGAUCUAAGAACAUGAGGUUAUACUUUAAUCUGGAGAUUUGUUUGAACUUGUCCAUUUUUUUAAAACAUCAAUACAGAUGAAAGAAAGGAGACAAGUAGAGGAAGCCACUUUUAGACUAUUGAGAUGCAGCCCUGGUCAACAGACUGGUUUUUGGCUACUGCAGAUGCCACACACCAUCUCUGGUUGUUUGAAAUGGGUAGGAAGGAAAUGCUCUGAUGCAGACUAUGCCACACUGUGACCCCAGAGGAACUUUGAGUGAACUGUGGAAGGGUGGUUGAUUAUUAAUUAAACUGAUUCUGUUACUGUCUCCUGUGAGUGAAUCAACUCUGGUCAGUUCAGUUUGCUGAGUGAUAAAUAGACACAUACACACACCGCGGGAAACACAGGGAGGGCUACCCCAGGGCUGGGUUCAAAGGUUAUGGCUCUAACUGGUCUGAUUGGUUAGAAAGUAGGUUACCCAGAGAACCCUGGGAGGAUUUUUUAUUUUUUUUUACAAAGGAAACUGAGGAUUUAAAUUAUAUGAUACUGUAAUUAGUCCUACACUUUAUUAAGCUUACACUAACGUGAAGGCUAUUCUAACAACUGAAAACAGAAAGACUCAUGUGUUUCUGUUCUUCCAGAGGCAGACCAGAAGGGCUGAGUGGACCAGGUUGGUACAAGACCAAGGAACCAAACGGUGACUGCAGACUCGACUCGGUUUGGGACGGGCGAGGUGGUUUGGAGACAGCAUUUGUGACUUUAGACCUAGGUUGUGAGGCGGAGCGUCGCGAUGGCAGUGAGCGGGUUUGACAUUGACGUGCCACGGUGGGAUCAGUCCACGUUUAUGGGCAGACUGAAGCACUUUGCCAACAUCACAGACUGGAGGACAGCACUUCUGCCGGACUCACAACUGGAUGAGGCUAAAGCACUGGUGGAGAGCUGCAGGUAACGCACACACAGACACCACGAGGUUAGAGCGUUUGGCCAGUAACCCAAAGGUUGCUGGUUCGAAUCCUGGAGCCGACAAGUUGGAAAAUCUGUUGUGCCCUUGAGCAAGGCACUUAACCCUAUUUGCUCCAGGGACGCUGGUAAAAUGCUGGACCCUGGCCCCGACCACAACUCUCUGCUGGUGUCUCAGGGGGAGUUGGGAUAUGCUAGAACACAUUUCCAAUACACACUUGAACAUGUGUCUAAUAGGACAAAUAUAAUUAAGCACCCACCAAAUUAUAUUAUUAUUAAGUAGUAAUUCCCCUGCAUUAUGUCUACAGUUUUUGUUCCUUAUGAUGAGAACCUGGGUUCUGUGUGGUUCUCCUUUUCUAGAGCGGGUUCCAUUCCCCCCGGCACCACAGAGGAACAGCUGCACUACUCCAAGAAGCUCUAUGACUCCGCCUUUCACCCUGACACUGGCGAUCGCAUGAACCUGAUUGGUCGAAUGUCCUUCCAGGUGCCCGGAGGGAUGGCCAUAACGGGCGGUAUGCUACAGUUCUACAGGUACACACACACAGAUUUGAGAUCUUUAGGUUAGCCGAACAUAGGUGCGUUUGGAGCGAUGACUUCUAAUCCUACAUUUAUAUCCCUCUGUCCCCACUCUCUUCCUAUCAUUCUCUCGCUCUCUUUCUCUCUAGGACAGUCCCUGCUGUAGUGUUCUGGCAGUGGGUGAAUCAGUCGUUUAAUGCUCUGGUCAACUACACCAACAGAAACGCUGCUUCCCCCAUCACACCCAAGUAUGACCCUGCAGACCACACACACACACUGUUGUGGUGACUGUAUUGUAAUGCACAUGGAGAAUAUAAUUUAAAUGUCUUACGAUCAAUCUCUUUUCUCUACCUCUUCAGUCAGAUCGGAGUAGCCUAUUUAACAGCGACUAGCACAGCUCUAGCCACUGCUGUGGGACUCAACUUCUACACAAAGGUAUUGUUCAAAGAACAUAACACGCACACAGACUGGUUUGAUUGAUUACAUGUUCAACUUCCCCUUCCCAUCUUGUCUCCGCCCCCUUCUGUAGAGAGCCCCUCCCCUGGUGGCGCGCUGGGUUCCGUUUGCAGCCGUGGCAUCCGCUAACUGCGUCAACAUCCCAAUGAUGAGGCAACAGUGAGUACAUACUCAAUUGAGGUCACUUGAGUAUUAGCAUCUAUUCUGAUAGUGUAUUAGCAUCCCCAUGAAGACAACAGUGAGUUGUUGAUCAUGUCCUUCUCUCCUCUCUUCUCAGGGAGCUCCUGAAUGGCAUAGCUGUAACAGAUGAGAAUGGAAACAAACUUGGCCAUUCCAAGGUAACAGCACUGGGAAUGUCUGGAUAAUUAAAUAUCCUAUUUCUGACUGUUACACAAGAGCAGAGAAAUUACGUUGUACCUACUCCUCCGUUCCCAAUUUUUCUUUUUUUUUUCUUUCCAGAAAGCAGCUGUGAAGGGCAUCACCCAGGUGGUCAUUUCCCGGAUUACCAUGGCAGCACCGGGCAUGAGUACGUUUCAAAGGUUUAAGGAGGAGGGCUGGAGCUGUAGAGUUUGAGCUCAGUCCUCGCUCCAUAGACAAUGGGAAGUGGAGCUGUGUUGGAGUGUGACCCUGUUGCUCCCUUCAAUGACUCAUUAUUCUCCUCUUGUUGCCACCUUCUACUUUAAAUCCUUUCCCUUUCCCCCUCUCUUCUCCUAGUCAUUCUCCCCAUCAUCAUGCAGAGACUGGAGAAAUACAAGUUUAUGCAGGUGGGACUUUUAUUAAAAUACACCAAAUGCUGCUACUAGACAUGCAUAGGCUAGCUAGCUACGUUGUUAUUGAAUAAGCAUUGACUAAAUAUCCACAGUUACGUUGUUCUUGACUAAACAUGCUGACAGUGCAGAUUCUGUCUGGCGUUGCGGUUUGUUUAUUGCUAACAAGCUCUGUCUUUUGGUUAACAGAGGAUCACCUUCUUCCACGGACCUUUACAAGUCAUGAUGGUGGGAGUGUUGUAAGUAGGACUGUUUAGGAGGUUGAACCAUGAAGAUUAUUUUGGUUCAGGGGAUUGUUCUUUGGGCCCUGGUCAAAAGUAGUGUACUAUGUAGGGAAUAGGGUACCAUUUGGGACACAACCAUACGUCUCAGUAGGCACAGUCACCUAACCCUCCAUGGGGCGGCAGGUAGCUUAGUGGUUAAGAGCGUUGUGCCAGUAACCGAAAGGUUGCUGGUUCUAAUUCCCGAGCCGACUAGGUGAAAAAUCUGUCUGUGCCCUUGAGCAAGGCACUUAACCCUAAUUGCUCCUGUAAGUCGCUCUGGAUAAGAGCGUCUGCUAAAUGACUAAAAUGUAAUGUCUGUUUUGCAGCCUGGUCUUCAUGGUGCCUGCAGCCUGCUCCCUGUUCCCUCAGCAAUGGUAAGUAGCCUGUCGACUGGGCAGCAUUCAGUAAUGCGCCUUCAUGAUGGUAGUAGCAGUUUUAGCUCACCUACAGUAACGUAUUAGACUCUCCCUUGGUUUAGAUCGCACUCUUCCUCUCACUUUCUUUCAGCUCCAUGGCCGUGUCUAAGCUGGAGCCAGAGCUAAGGGCAUCCAUCUUGUCUCGCUACGGGGACAGUGUAGAAUACGUCUACUUCAACAAGGGCCUUUGAACACACAAACACACAUACCUGCCUUCUUAAUCAUUGUCCAAUCAGGGAGAGCACCUGAACUUUUUUCUAAAUGAGCCAAUCAGCAUCCUCGGCUCAUAGGAGAAAUAGCUUUCUCCUUGUUUGUCUGUCUUUAUUUUCAUAGAAUAUUUGUGAUUGUAGGGGAGAUGUUCUUAAAUAGUUAAAAUGUGUGUAUGAAUUCUCUUGUACCACUAAUCAGGUUUCCAACCUUUUUAUGCGAGUAAAG